GAACAAGGGCAAAACGCAGAAAGGCAAGCAGCGCCAGUUCGACAAUGCUGGGUUGCACGAGCAGGCGAAUAUUCAGGGCCAUGGGAAGUCUUCGGACGACCUUUACCGCUACAUACCACUGGACUUGAGGGACGAAUGGAUCAUCCGGGAGAGGGCGCUAGGCAACUGCGAGGACGGGGGCGCGGAGGAGCAGAGGAAGAAGGCCAUCAACUCGCUCGCCGACAAGAUCAAGGACAAAGACGCCCCCCAAAGAAAGCGCGGCAAUCAGUGGUUGAUCGGCGUGUUCGCGGGAUUGGAGGAUAGAGAUUCACAGUUCCAGAGGGCGGAGAACUCUUGGAAGCGGCAGAAGACGGUGGAAACCGCUGCUGAUCUCAACCAGGCGCGUCAGUUAGCCUCCUCUGCGGCCGCUUCCUCAUCGAAGAUUCACGCUGAACAUCAGGAAGCGAACCGCGCAAAGCUCUACCAGAGUGAGCCCCAGCCCGAGAUCGCUGAGCACCUGGUCAGGCCUUGCAUCAGGGAGAGCGAGAUGGACUGCGACGACGACGACAUUGCCUACGAGAUGCAGCGGGGCAUCGCGGCUCAGGAGGACCGGUAUGCGAAGCUCGCUGAGGAAGGAGAUCAUGAUGAGCAUCUGGCUCAGCAAGCUGCGCGCGUCAGAAAGCAACAGGCGCAGUUAGCAAUCAAGACGGCUGGGCGCCCCAAGAAGGUCAAGUCGGAGAUCUUGGUUGAUUUGCAGAAGCUGGUCCGCGACCGCUGCCAGAUGGUCAAAGAUGCAAAGGAGAAGCUCGAGAGGUCAAAGGCGGCCGCGGAGGAGGAGACCCUGGCAUUCUUUGGUGAGAACCCACCAGGCGAGGCCAAGAGGCUCACGACGAAGUUCGACGAGGAGUACAAAGGCUACAUGGACCAGCUGGAUGAGCUCUACAAGACGAUCCACGAGACAGACCUUGACACGCUGCUGGCUCCUGAGGAGGUCGAGCUCGCGGAUGUCAAGAAGGCUGCGGUCGACGAGACGAAGGAUAAGUACCGCGAGAUCAAGGGCAAGGCCGGGAAGGCGGUCGGCGCCUACAAAAAGGGCGCGAAGAGGAUCCAGAAGACCUUCAAGAAGCCGGACUCAGGCUCCGAGCCCCCUGCACUGACGAAGAAGCUGCGGGAG